AUGAUUGAAACAUGUUUAUCAUCAUUAGAUGAACAUGAAGAUGGUUCGAAAAGUGGAUUUAAUAGUGGCAAUUGUUUAAAAGGAAAUAAUGGAACUGGGCAUACGUCGAUGCAUCAUCAUCAUCAUCAUCAUUAUUAUUACUCAGCUCCACCAGCUGCCGCUUGUCUUAAUACCAAUUUAUCUUCAUCUAUGUCUAGUUUUUCUAUAGUUAAGUUCUAUUAUAUGUAUUUUGUCUUCAGGAAUAAUCUUAAGAUAGAUACAAAUUAG